AUGACCAAGUACUUUCCGUUGUCAAAGAAGUUGAACCACAAAGAUAAACUCAACAACUUCGUGGCACUACCAGGAGAGUCUGUGAGUAAUUCGUGGGAUAGGUUUACUACAUUCAUAAGAACUGUUCCAAAUCACCGCAUUGAUGAUAAGUCGCUGAAGGAUUACUUCUACAGAGGUCAGGAUGACAAUAUCAAGGUUGUGCUUGAUACUAUCGUUGGGGGUUCAGAUGUUCAAUCUGCACCUAGCCAAUCUGUCGAUGACAUUCGUGAGGAGAUGGCUCAGAUGAGGAUCAAACUGGGGUUGGUGUUGAAACAUGUGAGCAGAGGUGCCGAAAAGGUAAAUACUGUGAAUUAUUUUACUAGGAAUCCACCACCACCGGUUGAGGAAUGCUACUAUCAAGAGGAUGCGUACUUGGUUACUACGAGGUCACUUGUGCAAAAGAAGGAGGAUCCUGGUGCCUUCACUAUUCCAUGUACCAUCAGGUUGUUGCCUUUUGCUAAGGCGUUGUGUGAUGUGGGUGCUAGCAUUAAUCUGAUGUCAUUGUCUAUUUACAAGAAGUUGGGUUUAGGGGCUCCAAAACCGACUAUGAUACGAUUGCUCAUGACCGAUAGAACUGUGAAGAGACCCAUUGGUGUGCUCCAAGAUGUACUUGUGAAAGUGGAGUCGUUUAUUUUUCGGGUGGAUUUCGUAAUACUUGAUUGUGAGGUUGAUUUUGAGGUUCCCAUCAUCCUUGAGAGAUCAUUCCUUGCUAAAAGGUCCAUGAAGGAGGAAAGCGAUCUCAAGUCUGUGUCAAUGGUGAAUCAUAUUGUGGAGCAAGGUUUUGAUGUGUCUAUGGAACAGAGGUUGGGUGUUGAUACACUAGCAUCAGUAAUGAUGAAUUUUGAGGGUGAUGGUAUUGAAGACUAUGAUAAAUUGGUCGUCACACUUGAUAGGUUCGAAUUUUGUUCCAAACCAAAGAAGCAUGAGUUCGAUAUGAAGAAUCGCGACUCUCCACCCGCAAAACCGUUUGUUGAAGAGACUCCAAAAUUGGAGCUUAAGGCUCUACCAUCACAUUUGAGAUUCAAUGGAAUUGUCAGAUUUUCGUAA